AUGGUGUCCGCAAUUAUUGGUAUCCUUGGCAACGGACUCGUGAUGAUGGUCCUCUUCCAAAGAAGGGCAAAGAGUCGCUCAACGGAUACCUUGGUCGGAGGUCUUGCUACUGCGGAUUUCCUGACAUCCAUCGUCAUGAUCCCUGUCCUGAAGGUGGUAAGGCUUCCUCCAACCAGGGUUGGCGAAGUUUACUGCAAGAUACAAGAACCGAACAUCGCCAAAGAUAUAUGUGUCAUUGCCUCUAUCUACAUCCUGGUUGCAAUAUCAACGGAACGCUACAUUGCCAUUGUCCAUCCCAUAUACUUCAAUCGUAUCCUCACACGCAGACGCGUUGCCAUGGUGAUAAUCAUAAUCUGGCUGUUCGCCAUCCUGGCCACUUUCCCCCGAAUCUUUACCACCAGCGUUGGCGACAGAGGUAUCUGUUUAUACAGGUAUGCCAACAGAGUAAGCCAGAUCACUGUAGCUGUCUACCUCUUCUGCCUCCGACUUCUCGUCCCAACCAUAGUAUUGUUAGUAACACAGAUCUUCAUCGCCAGGCAUCUCUAUCUAAAGGCUCGCCGGUUCCAAGGGCAGCACAACCCAUCCUUUCACGACGUUGCUAGGCAACGCGUUCUUAAGAUCAUGCUCAUCGUCAUCAUAACCUACGUUAUCUGCUGGGGACCAGUGCAAGUGGCGAUCUUUCUCUUCUUCUUCGGAGUCCUCCCUCAGACUUUGAGAAGGAAUGCAUCAUCCACUCUCUUCAUCGUUCUGUCGUUCUUCAACUCCUGCGUGAACCCCAUCAUCUACGCGUUGAGGUUCAGAGAAUUCCGAGAGGCAGUGUGGUCCAUGUUCAAGAAACAAGAGCGACCCACGUCCGCCAUCUUUGAGCAAGAUAUCGCUGGUGCGAACGAGCGCGACUCAGCCGCCGGAGCGACGACAGAUGGAAUGUCCUUGUCGAAUUUGGCCCAUGCAUCCCACAAUCCAUCUUGCAUAGCUGGUGCUCUUGACGGCACAAACCUUCGCCAACAAUAA